AUGUCCCAGUUUAGUCAAGCAAGUACCAUCCCCUAUGAAUUAAGCCAAGACCAUUUAUUUCGCGAAGAAUUAUUAGAAGUUGAUAGACUUUAUUUUCAUGAAGUUUUGUGUCCAGAGGGUGGUGCAAGUGAGAUAGAAUUUAGUCAGUCUGAUUCAGAAAAUGAUUCUAGCCAUGAAAGUAAUUCUGUAAAUGAUGAAUCAGAUGAUGAUGAAUGUAAUACAGAGACUGUUCAUUGUGAAAGUUUUGACCAUGAUUUAGAACCCACUGAAGAGGAUUUAAGACAGAGAAAGAAAACAGAUGAUUUCUUUACUCAGACCUGCAAGUGUAAAAAACUCUAUGGCAAACCAUGCAGUCAAGUUGUGGAUGAUGAUAAAAUGACACUUCUUGAUGAAUAUGAAAGUCAUGUUGAAAGUGCUAGACAUCAGAGGGAGCAAUAUAGAAUGCAGUGUGAUGACUCUAAAGUUACAUAUAGUGAAAACAUUACAGUUGAAGGUGCAGUAUCAUGUUCCUUAGAUGCAACCGUCCACUACAGCUGGGACUUUGCACAGCAGGUUCAUAUUCCACACCAUAGCCAACAGGUUGGACCCCUGUAUUUCAAAACUGCCAGGAGAUGUGAGGUAUUUGGAGUUUGCUGUGAAGGAUCUGAGAAACAGGUGUUUUACCUUGGUGAUGAGGGUGUUGCCCCAGGCAAAGGAGCAAACACAGUUGUCAGCUACCUCCACCAUUACCUUGAAAACUACGGCCUGGGUGAGGAACAUGCCCAGUUCCAUUUUGACAAUUGCCAAGGACAGAACAAAAAUAAUGCAGUUCUUGGUUAUGCUGUGUGGAGAACAUUGACGGGAGGGCAUAAGACAAUCCAAUAUUCAUUGAUGCUAGCCGGCCACACCAAAUUCUCAUGUGAUUGGCAUUUUGGAGUGUGGAAAAACAGAUGGAGACACAUGGAUGCAGAGACAGUUGAGGAGGUGGCUUCCACAGUAGCAAUGUCAUCCCGUAAUGGCCACAACAUCCCCCAUAUUGUUGAUGGCAACAGCAAACCAGUGUUGUUCUAUGACUGGAGCACCUUCUGCAAAGGCAUGUUCAAACCAUUGAAGAACAUUUCGAAAUACCAUUCAUUUGAGGUGUCUUCUAACGAGCCUGGGGUUGUAAGAGUAAGGAAGUUUGUUGAUGCCCCUGAGGAGAAAAUUAACAUACUGAAAACCUGCCAAGUGGAUAUUUGUGUUAUGCCAGAGCAGAUCUUUGGUGAGGGAAUAAAUGCUGAAAGGCAAUGGUACUUGCAUGAUGUAAUAAGAGACUUUUGCAGAUCGGAUCAUGCUAAAAACACAACAUGCCCUUUGCCAUUAGUUGCAAAAGAAGGCUAUUCAAAGGCCAAAAAACAAAAGUUGAAAUAGGUAACUUUAUUGAGAACACUUUCUGUGUGUGUUUCAGCAAAAGGUAUAGUUUGUGUCUUGCUAUAAACAGAUUGGCAUGUAUAAGUUGAAGUUUAAUGUUUUCAUUUUCAUUCAAAGAAUAUAUUUCUUAGUGUAACAUUGAUAAAAUAUUUAUGAUUUUAGAUAAAAUAUUUAUGA